UGCAUGUCCUGCUCAGGCAUGCAUGCCUGGUGUGGCCCCUGUGCUGUGGAAGCUCACCAAAAUCUCCCCUUCCACAAGGUACAAAAGUGGAAUGGUACCCAUUACCAGACUGCUUCCUUGAUGGAACUUGGAUUCCUUUGGCACAUUGGCCAUGGGGGUGGUCCAUGCCCU